AAAACCAUUUCACGGAGAAACUAAUGAGAAUGGGCGGAAAUUUCGAAGCAUAACAUCUUCCAACGGUGACGAAUCACAACUCACAACUGGAUAGUACUAUAACUCCUUUCUCUCUUCUCUCUCCCUCGAUUUUGCCUCCACACAACUUCGCAGCUCUUUUUUUGCUCAACUUUCUUUCCUCUCCUCCGCUGCCUUCGAGCUCGCUUCUUGACCUCUUCCAUGGAGUCCUCCGCUACGCUUCGCUCCUUUCACUAUUUGGCAGGUGGUUCACGUCUCCAGUUAAUUGAGAAACCUUGUAAAAUUUCUGUGUCUAAUGUUAAUACGUCGUGCAUUCAAGGACUAUCAGUUUUUGGUAAGCCCGCCCAUACUCCAACAAACCAGAAGAGAACAGUGGUAUUGUGCACAAAGACGCCUGAAGUUACUGAAACUGCAAAACCCAGUGAUAGCGUACUCCAAAGUUCAGUACAGAAGAAGCCUGCAACAAAUGCAACAUUUCCUAAUGGAUUUGAAGCAUUGGUACUGGAGGUCUGUGAUGAAACAGAGAUCGCUGAACUAAAACUAAAGGUUGGAGAGUUUGAAAUGCAUUUGAAGCGUAAUAUUGGAGUCGUAAAAGCUCCCAUGUCUGCCAUUUCUCCAACAAUACCCCCACCAAUUCCAUCUAAACCCAUGGUUGAGUCUGCUCCUACUGCACCUGCACCUCCAAAAUCUUCUCCAGAGAAAAAAACUCCUUUCGCCAAUUUUCCCUUUGAGAAGUCAUCAAAGCUAGCAGCUCUGGAGGCAUCUGGAUCAAAAGGAUAUAUUCUAGUAUCUUCUCCUACGGUCGGAACAUUCCGAAGGGGCAGGACAGUUAAAGGAAAGAAGCAGCCUCCUAUCUGCAAAGAGAAUGACGUAAUAAAGGAAGGACAAGUAAUUGGAUAUGUGGAACAGUUUGGCACUCAACUUCCUGUAAAGACAGACGUGGCUGGAGAAGUAUUGCAGAUUCUCUUCAGGGAAGGAGAAGCUGUUGGCUACGGGGACCCCCUCAUUGCUAUCUUGCCAGCAUUCCAUGGAAUCAAGUGAUGAUCAAGGUUUGCAGAUUUCUGGUUUCAAUUAUUCUUUUCGCGUACUGUCUCUACUAAAAAUGUGGUUACACAAUGGGGGCUUAAUUGCUGAUACGUACUUUGUGUAGGUUUUUGGGUUUUAUUACAAUAAAGAUCUAAUCAACCUACGAAUGCUUUUUGGAUGACCAA